UACACCGAGCACACCAUUAUGGCCGGAGAGCCCCCGUUCCCGGCCGCCCUCCACCCGCCCAAAAGCCCGCUCCCAAGGCGGGACGGCCCUGCCCAACCCGCGUCGCCCCCGCCGCCUCAAAUGGGGCUGGCGGCACUGCGGCGGCGCUCACCAUCGCUAUCAUCGCUGUGCCGCCGCCGCGACAUGGCGGCUGGCGGGAGACGCGAGGAGACGGGACAGGAGGAGCGGCUCGGGACACCACGCGCGGGCGGCUUCCAGCACGCUCCCCUCGCACCGCCCGCUUCCGGCCCACCGCCCCUCUCCUUCCGGGACCAGGGCCGCGCGGCUGUGCGCGCGCUAGGCCGCGGGACUUCCGGGGGGGGUUGGGGCGGUGCGAACCAGAAACUUCGCGGGCGCCUCCCGUCCGGCGGGGCGCCGCCUCCUCCCCGUCCCGAGGUGGAGAUGGUACCGCUCGAGGCCCCGGCGGCCGGCCCCGCCGCUCCGCCCGACGGCGCCGCCGCCAGAAAGCAGCGCGCGCUCGCCCACAGGAAGGCGUUCUCCCUGUUCGUCAAAGCGAAGGAGGUGCCGGGCGCAGCCCAGUGUGCCGCCGGCGGAGAGGGCGUGCGGUGGCGGUGCUGUCGGCAGGGCUUUGAGGAGCUGUCCGGUAUUCACCGGCAUGUGGCUCUGCAGCAUGGCGGGGACGUCGGGCAGGGCGCAGCGGCUGAAGGGAGCCCCGCGGGCAGCGUGGACGGGAUACGGGGGCACUGCCGGGGAGCGCUAGAGAUCGCCUGGGCGCUGCCAGACACCAGCCACGUUGGCCACGAUGAUCUGACGAGCAAGGUGGGAGAAGUACUUCUGUACUACUGUUACUGUGAGGUGAAGGAUCCAGAGGAACUCUGUGCUUGGCAAAAGGCUCUGUGCCAGCAUCUGCAUCUCACUGGCAAGGUACGAGUUGCUUCAGAAGGGAUUAAUGGGACAGUUGGUGGAAGCAAAGCAGCUACUAAUCUCUACGUUGAAGCUAUGCUUUCCCAUCCUCUGUUCAAAGACAUUCUGUGCCAAGAGGAUUUCAAGAGCAGUGCAGGAGGAGCUCACUGUUUCACAGACCUUCGAGUUGGAGUAUUCAAAGAAAUUGUACCUAUGGGCAUUGAUCCAAAGAUAGUGUCCUAUAAAGAAACUGGAAUCCAUUUAUCCCCUCAGGAAUUUCAUAAAGAAGUUGAACAUUAUUUGUCUCAGGCCAGUCCAGGACAAAGCGAUACCAUCUUGCUGGACUGUCGGAACUUCUAUGAAAGUAAAAUAGGGCAUUUUCAGGGCUGCCUGGCUCCAGAUAUCAGGAAGUUCAGCUAUUUCCCCAGCUAUGUAGAUGAAAACCUGGAGCUUUUUAAAGACAAGCGUGUCCUGAUGUACUGCACGGGAGGGAUUCGUUGUGAAAGAGGCUCUGCUUAUCUACGGAGCAAGGCAGUGUGCAGAGAGGUUUACCAGCUAAAAGGUGGAAUUCACAAAUACCUGGAAGAGUUCCCAGAUGGAUUCUACAGGGGGAAGCUGUUUGUAUUUGAUGAUCGUUAUGCCAUUUGUUCCAAUGAAGAUAUCAUCUCAGCAUGCAGAUAUUGUGGGGAGCUGUGGGACCAGUAUAAACUUUGCUCCAGCCAGCACUGCCGGCAGCUUGUCCUGGCAUGUCCAAGUUGUCGCAACAAAGGUCUUACAGCCUGCUGUCCUGUUUGUCAAGAGAAAGAGCUCAAAUUGACUUCAAGGGCUUCAGGACAGAUACUUAAGGAGGAAUGUGAUUGUACAAGGAGAAGGCUAAGGGUGCCUAUUGAAGAUGUCUCGCAAAGGAUGCUGGUGGCAGGAAAAAAUUAAGCCAUUUCAUUAGCUAAUCUGACACGUGUUAAUGCAAAGGGCUUCAAUAACCAGAUCCCUGUUACUCAGUUAGGUUUGGAAACCAUGAAAAUGUGUUGGCUUUGAAAGUCUUGUUCAUGUGCUGCCUUUAAACUUAAAGUACGUGCUGAAACCAUCCAUUACUUGACCAUAAAUUACCAGUGUGCCCAACCCACCACUAGCACUACAGGAUUCCCUUUCUUGGGUCUUGUAGUGUGGCCUCUAUCAUGGGGAUUUUGGAGCGGAGUUUGUGUGAUGGGACACAGAUGCUCACAAUUCAAAAGAAACUGAAAGGACAUAAGAAUAAUUCCAUUCUUUUCCUCCUGCAUGGAGAUCGAUUUGUCCAGCCUCUCCAUUGAUCAUGCAUUUUCUUCAGUAGUUAGGGUGUGAAAACAGCAGAUGUGUCAGUUUGGUGUGGGUACGUGACUGGAUUGGAGCUGAAGAUAUUUCCAUGUACACGCCAUCUGUCUGCCUCCCUUGGUUUAUACCAGUGAGUAGCAAGGAGUAGUUACACGAAGUCUGACUUGACGCCCGCCUAAAAUUGGCUGAAGGCAGAGUAAGGAUCCCUCUGGUAACUGGAGCAAAGGCCCACAUGUCCCAUCACACUUCUUUGGUGUGACCUGUAGGAUGAGCAGCAAAAGCAACCCUCAUUCCAGUGUUCUGUUUCUCCAGGAAUUGUUGUUUUCCUUAACUUGUCUGUACAUCAAAUAUCCAGGGCUCAGCUCUGCUUGCAGUACUAAAAAACAACAGCUUGAAGCAUGUUGGAACUGAGACACAGAGAAGGGAGCACAGAGGCUGUCAAAAUACCAGCACUGUGGCACUGAAAGUGAUGCUGACGUGUGCAUAAAUGUCAGUAGCGACUAUAAGGAGAAUACAGGAUCCUUUAUUCAAGUUAAAUAAUUCAAGAUUUGGGGAGCAUUUGUGCUUUGUAAUUAAGCUUUUGAAAAAACUCAGCCCAUAGAGAUGUCUGUGAUUUCCAGUUCGUAUGACUGAAGAAAUUGUCUUUGAAGGGAUCCACAGCAUAUGAGCUCAAAGUACUUGUCCGCCUGCUGCUUUAUGUGCCUCAUGCCAUAGAAUGUACAGAAAGGUUUUAUUAGUAGUUUAGAAGGUAUGUCUGGACUGAAAAAUUUCUUAGAAACUUCAUGGUACUGAAUAGUAGUUAGUCAUUAGGAAGUGAAAUCACACUGCUGGUUUUUUUGGGUGGUUUUUUACUUGCAACUGCUUUUCAAAGCAAGAAAACAGUUUACUCAGGUUUCUGCAGCCCUUAAUGACAAUUAGGGCAAGGUUAUUUUCAUGCAGAUUGUAACCUUUCCCUCCGUGCUAUUAAUUCAGCCUCAUUUGUUGGCUCGACUGGCAACUUACAGACGGGGCAUUGGUUCCAUUAAAGCCAUAGCAAGCAUUUCUUCAGUCUUCCGGUAUUGUUACCAUGAAAUCAGUGGUUCAGCAACUGUUUUUAUGACCCUUCCCUUCAUGAAGCAAAGCUGGAACUUAUGGAUGUCUCCUUUGGAGAGCUUUCUAGGAUGGUAUUUAAUAGUAAAUGUGUGCACAAGCCAUAUUGGAGAAGAAACUGGAAAAUUCCCAUCAGUAGACACCUUCAGCAGAAGUCUGAGCAGGUCCCCUUGGAUCUUCCUUGCCAAGUGUUGCUGGCCAGUUAACCUCUGUGUUUUUGAGGUCUGGAAUACUUGUGGAAAAAUAUGCAAACUGUACAUGCAGGCCUGGUCUAGAGCACUGCUGGGAGUGCCUGGCUUGCAUACUGUACUCUCUUCAUGUAGUAGGCUGAAAAGAACACAAGAUUAUAACUCAAUCCAUCAGCAAGGCUGGAACACUGUAAUCUAUUUGGAAAGCUGUUUGUAUGCCACUUGUCAGGACAGAAUGGCAACAACUAUAUUUUAUAUGUAACCUCCUGUGAUGCUAAAUAACCUUUAGUGCUUCCACUGUAAUUUUUAAAGUCAUGCACAAACAUAUUUCCACUGCUAUGUUGGAGGUGCUUAAUUUUGCAGAAAUAAAUGCUGAAACCUAGCUAGCUGUCUGCCAUAUGGUAGACCUGGCUAUGAGAUAAA